AUGUCUGAAGAUUCGUACACGCCUAGUGAUUUCAAUAUCAAACCAAAAAAAAGAACGAAAAAACGGAAAUUUUUACAAGAUCAACUUCAAGGUACAGGAAAUUCUAUCUUCUUGGAUGAUAAUUAUGAUUACGAGUUCUUUUUAGAAAGUUUGGAUGGCUCCACGACGAUGUUUCAUGUUACGUGUAAAUUAUUACCAAAUACUUUAAUUUUAAAUAUGUUGAAUAGGGAAUUUUAUGGAUUUGAUUUUGAUGUAGCUGAAUUGAGACGUAGAAAUUCAUUAACUUUGCAUCAAAAGUUAAACCUCGAACGUAACUUGAAACAAACUCUUCCUUUGUACUUUUCAACAUCCAAUCCCUGA